AUGAAAGCGCUCGUGCCUUUCUACAUGUCCAUCUGUCUGUUCGUAAUAUUUGUCCUCCUUAACAACACCUCCUUUUACCUCCUCCCUUGUGAGGCCUUUCCAUUUGGGGUUUCCGAAAAUAAGUACAUUCAGGCUUUCCCCGAUUUUCACCUCUUUUACGAGUAUGUGGACGUCAGAAAUGAUGACUCCCCCUCCGAGUUGGGCGACUCGCACAAGGAAGGGAAGAGAAAAAGGAAAGUGCUUUUCCAGUCCAAUAAAAUAAAUGUUCAUAAAAAUUGCCACCAAAGUAGCGAUGCAAAUCAUGAGCAGGAUUAUGAAAAUAAUUAUGAGGAGAACGGCUUACAUAAUUACGUACAGGAUUAUUCUGAUGGGACUUGUGGAAACUGUAUCAGUACCGAUGCGAAAGGAAUUGCAAGCGAAGUCUUCCAUCAGAGGUGUACUGCAAUGGGGUCAAAAAUUUAUGAACGCCUGAGUCAGAUGUUCAGUUGGUGCCUCCCCGAUUGUGUCAAAAUUGGAAAUGCAUUUAAAAGUAUCCAUUUUGGUUUCCCGGAUGCUUACUGGUUUCGUGGAAAACGAAUUCUCACUUGUGGAGAACAGUCCAAUCACCAUAAGGUUGAGAAGCAACUCAGUAAUAGUAGUGAUUCGUGGAGUAAAAACAGCGCAGAGGGCCAGCUGUGCCAAAAUAGUGACCUUAACCUGAUUCAAGAAAUUUACGAAUACGACAUGUACCCAUUUCUGAAAAGACUUUUUAAAAAAAACUUGCACACAGAAUUCCCUGAUGUUAUAACCAAAUCGGAGACAUAUUUUUCAGACGAUACAGAAGAAAUUGCUUACCACAGAAGAGAAAAUAUGCAAGUAGGAGAACAAAUGGUUUUGUUCCACUCCUCCCAUGAACAUCGAAAUGAUAUCUUGAACCAGUCCAAAGGGAUCAACAGGAAAAAGAAGAAGAGGCAUAAAAAAGGGAAAAAGGAAAAAAAGUCUGGUGGGAUGACAAAAACGCAUAAAACAGGAAAUAAUUCUAACACAGAACAGGAUCAACAUAAAAAUGAUAUCAACAUGCCUGCAGAAAUAAAUUACGUCUAUAGCAUAAAGAAGAAGGUGCUUCGCAACGUGCCCUUCGCAAACAUGUUAAAGAAAUAUAUUCAGUACAAAUAUCGUUCCAACGGAUUGGUCAAGGUGGGACAAGAUAGCAGAUAUCCUCGCCACCCUCAGGGCAAGACAAAAAGUCGCUUCACCCCUUUUUUGGAAAACCAUUACGGGAAAAACAGCAAGAGGGGGGAAAAAAAUAAGCACAAGGAACGCAUUUACUUUAUUAACAAAAAGGCCAUUAUCAUUGUGGACCAUUUAAAAAAGGAAACCUCUUAUCUGGUCAUCUCAUAUGUGGUAGAGGAAGGAACACCUCACGUGCUAAACUUUACGGAAUAUUUUGUCCCCCUGAAGGUACCUGUAUAUACUCGAAGUUUUAUGGACACCCCUGAGGAGGGUGAUGACUCCAAACAAUACGAACAGAUCGAUGAGUACAUUUCUCACAACUGGGAUAAGCUGCAUGGGAAAGAUGACAUUUGCUACUAUAAGUAUGGAGACAGCUGUAUGGAAUAUUUAAAGAAUCUCUUCCUAAGAACAUGUAAAGGAGUCGUUCACCCUGAUGGUGAUGUGAAUAAAAGGAGGGAAAUCUUGCAUUUGAUGAACCCGAAAGACAGGAAGCGUCUCAUACAUGAACACCAUAAGUGUAUGCACGACAGACAAACAAAUUUACCAGAAGGGGCACAAAAUUGGAGUGAGGAGAAUCACUACAAAAUUGAUCAUUCACAUGGAAGUGCAGGGACAAAAUUGGGGGAGAACCAUUUGUUGCAGUCGUAUGCCCAUUUGACUCACAUGAAAGGCUUUCACUCUUUUAGCCGCUGUCUAUUGCGCUUGUUUCAGAUGUACAGUGGUCUCUUCCAGAGUGGGAACUUAAACGGCGAAGGGGAUACUCCUGGGGAUUCCGCGGGAAGAGACGAUGACCCCACACAGGGGGUGCACGUUAGCAAAGACAGCAACGCUAGAAGCAUCAGCAACGGUAGCAACUUCUCCGACCGCGCUCACCGCUUUGAAUACAUAGUUAGCACGUACGCAGGAUCGGACGGCGGGUACCACUACUACCUCAUCAGCUACAACAACCAGAACUACAUUUUCGAGGUGAGUGCUAACGCAUACAUGUAUGGCAGCCCAUUCACGAACAAUAAAAAAAACCCUGAAGAUAUGACAGAAGCAGAAAAGGCCAUAAUAAAAAAUAUGAAGAGAUACAUGAAGGAAGGAAACAACUUCUCCUUGUACAUUGACCACGUACCUCCUCCAGAAGUUUAUCACAAGGAUUGUAACAAAUUUAACACCAUAAAAUGGGCAUUGAUUCUCUUCUUCAUACCGGCCUGGUUAUUACUAAAUGUGGUAUACAUUGUGUAUGUCCACAGUGUGUGGAGACAGAUGUUGAACCCAUUGUAUAGACUCAUGUUGUCUCCAUCCAUCAUUAGACUCGCAUCAUACAUCAUGCUGCUACUCUUCUGCAUGCUUCAGUACCCUAACAAUAAUAGCCGCUAUUUGGAGUAUACCAUUUUGUCCUAUAUGGCUCUUAACACCAUGUUCAACACCAUCUUUUAUGGCAACCUCAUUCUUAUAAGUAAAGGGUACAUGAUAACAAGGGGACAAUUUAGUAAAAGGGAUAACCUAUCCUUAACCCUAAUUAUUAGCAGUAUAUACAUUCUAACAUCCUUUAACCAGCUAAAUGUGAUUAAUGAUACUCCCAUAUUAAUCUUUAUCAAUAUAAGUUUGCUACUUGUACUUGUUAUUAACAUCCUAUCGAUUCAGAAUUUUUUAAAGUGGAAGUUGUCCUUUGUCAGAAGUGUACGAAUGAUGGAUUCCUGGGAAGAGUCACUCAAGAUAAAAUUGAGAAUGUAUAAAGUGUACCUACUCAUCGUUGUUAGCUUCUUUACCUUGGAAAUUUUAUUGCACUUGCUAAAGGCCAUGUUUAAUUUUUUAACCGGAACUGUCAUCCUAAUCGAGUACGCCUUUGAGUUGAUUAUGUGGUGCUGCGUCUUGUAUGUUUUUAGGUACCGGGGUAACGUCUUGUACUUUUCCCUCCUGUAUGAUAAUGUGACAUUUAAUAUAAUGCCUCUUUACGUGGCCAAGACGAGCGACGAUAUGUUGGACACGAUGAGCGACAAGCAGUGGACUAUCACGGGGGCACAUGUUCCCAUUUUUAUUUUAAACCCUUGGGAACACACCAACCAAAAUUACCUCUCGCGAAUGGCCGUGGGCUGGCCUCUCGUUGUGCACUACGGGAAGAGGUACCUCUGA